AUGGCCGACACGCUGAUAUCGCUGGGACACUUCUGCGAGAUCCACGGGCCGCAGGCUCUCUUGACCACUUCAGUCCAGUCGCCGACUGCAACAUCGCCGCCGCCCAACGAAACGGGCACGAGUUGCGCCAACUGCUCGUACAACGUGCCAGCCGCGACAACAACUCCCCCCGUACUCCGCAGCAAAUGGCGCGAUUCCACCUUUGCCACCACUCGAGCGCCCUCGAACCCUCUACUACGUGAUGCCUGUACAAGAGCCCUGGCCGUCGAAUCUCUUCCCCGUGGCCAGAGUUCUGGCUCUAUCACAUUGACCACCGAUCUGGCGACACAAGGACCUAAGGACUCUAGAACUGUCAAUGUCGCACACGUCUUCCGACUGCCAGAUCCAAGAGCUAGGGGACAGAGAAGAGCAUAUGCGUUUGUAGCUGUGGGCUCGCGGUCACUCUUCCGACACCAGAUGACCGUCCGCCGUGCCUUUGAGGCGUGGGCCAAGUCAAUCAUCACGCUCGCCGAGACACAUCUGUCAGCCCUACAACAAGGAGACAGCACACAAGACUCGCCGAUAGAAGCGUCUGCGGCAAAUAUUGGGUCCUUGCGAAGCUACAGUUCAAGUGCCACGCCUUCGCCGCCAAUGUCUAUGGGAUCAGCUGAACCUACUCCCUCGCCUGUUUCUCCUCCACAACCACGACGUACGGAUUCGCAGGCCUCGUCUAUUGCGUCUUCGACCAGCCACCCUCAAAAGUCAACACCUACACCUGCGGCAGUCACGCCCGUGUCCAGUUUUCUAUCCGCCAAAUCAGUGGAUCCGGAUGGCUAUCCUCGCUCUUCUCUGUCCGCAGCCUCUCCGCUAGCAAACGUUCCCAAGACUCGCAGUCUGGCUGAAAUCGUAGGCGACGAGUACUUUUUCGUGCGUCUGCACGCCGAGUUCUGCGGUCUUCUGAAGAGUUUGAUUGAGAGUGAGAUUGCUGAAAAGGGGCCGGAGAUUGAGGAUGGGAAUGGUGUCAUUGAUGAAGAAGACCAGAGGUAUGAGAGUGGGAGUGAUGAUAAUGCCGUGCAUAGUGGCGAUGAAGAUGAGGAUGAUGGGUGUGUCGUUGGGUGGGAUAGGUACUGA